AUGCGAGGCGAGCGUAAGGGCUGCAAGGAUACACGCACGGACGUGGCGGCGGUGGCUGGGCUGGGGCUUCUGCCCCUUCACUACUCCUGUCCGUGGAGCGAGGGAGUUUCCGUCCUGAACGCGCCGUUCGCGCGGCCGCUGACCGCGCUCCGGAGAGCCGACCGCGACGGCCGGGCCGGGACCCUGCCCCGCCUCGUGCUCCGCGGACGGGCGCGGGGCGGCUCCGGGGGCUGCGGGCCCCGCUCCGAGGCCGGCGGCGCCUCCGCCGUCUCCCUGAGCCGAUGUGACGGCGCCGGGCAAAAAGCCAGUGGCUGCCGAGGAGACGAACGGAGGCUUUCCCAGCGGGGAAGCGUUCUUCAGGUGUUUCUUAGCACCGUCCCAGAGAGCACGCAGCGGCGCUCCCAUCCCGCUCCCGGACGUCUUGACGCGACGGUGCGGCUGUCUGCCCUGCGCAGAAAGAGUGCUCUUCCCGUGGAAAAGAAUCUGCCCAGAGGGAUAAAGCAAACACCUCGAUGUCUGAGGCCUUCCUGCCAUGAUGCCUACGAGUCACUCUGUGUAAAUGCAUCUGCUCUUCAAGCUGGUCUCUGCGGCCUGCCACACUUCCAUCUCCUAACAGGGGGUUGUCUUGGCGGCAGCAUCCAGCACCACAGGGUUCUAACCUGUGCGUGGGGUAUCCUGGUGCUACUGACAGACAAACAACUUCUCUUCGUCCGGACCACAAAGACCACUCAUGCUUAUGGCAAAGCAAAACGCCAAGACAACUGGAAGCGUGCAUCAUAGCAUCAUCAGUCUCCAUUGGACUUAGGGUAAGGCGUUCCACCACCUUCUUGAAGUAAGGUAGCAAAGUGUGUCUUGUCCUGCUGCAGGGCCCACGCUGGGUGCCUCAGCGAUUGCGAGUGACAGCUGACAGAACUGCAAUAAAGAUGUGUCUCAUGAUCUCUGCAUGUCUGUCAGAAAGCACCUGGUGGCUGAGACAAACACACAAGACGUGGGGCUUAGUGACGGGACUGUGGCUUGCUUUCCUCUGCGCAAGUCUGACAUCAGUGGGAAAGUUCACAUACAAGUAUUGAAGUAAAAUGUAUGCACGACCUUUUCAGAGGGGUUUGCUGAGAAACAAAGCGGAAUGCAUGGGGUCAUGUUUGAGUAAUACAUGGAUAGUCGCUAGGUUCACUUCCUCUACAGGCCUUUUUGUUUUCAAAAUAAUUAGCUGUCAGCUUUUUAAAGGCAGAACAAUAUAUGACCUUCUUAAGGUGCUGAUCUAUCUUAAGGUAAUGAUUAUUAUUAGCGGGGCUGAGAACUUCUUCUGUUACCUAACGCUUCCUGUAAUGACACCCUCUUUUGAGAUGCUUUGAUCUCGCUAAACUUUAAUUAUUUGGAUUAAAAUUUUCCAUGCUAGGUAUUCACUGUACGGUGAUAUUUUUAAAAUCAACCUAUCUUUGUACCUGUUUUCAGAAGUCUUACAUCAACAUCCUCCCUACACAAGACACCGCGGUCCCUCGGUAGACCUCCUACCUGCAGGAGCAGGUUAGGCAGGUCUGCUCUUACUCCACAAGAGAGCUACAGAGAUGUUAUGUGAUGAGAUGUUUUUGGCAACAGAUGAAAUUUUCGUGGGAAUGAGCAAUUUUUGCUCAUUCCAUAAGCCUUUUCUACAGACAGACCUAUUUAUAGCACCGGCAAGACCUAGCUCAUUAAGUUAACACGCGUGAAAUUUAACUCACGAUAAAUUAGUAUCUCAGCUCACUACAAUGGAGGCUCAACACAUGGCAUUUUGAAAGCAGGGCACAUUUGGGGAUGUUCUCAAGGCUGUUUCCGGCCUUCCACAGGUACUGCGACAGGGAAGGUCUGAUGCAGUGGUGGGGAAAAAGGACAUUGUCAGCCAUGCUUGGUGAGGACUGCUUUCUCCCAGCUGAGGAGCAGGGUUUCAUGUUCCCUGCUGUCCACCAUGUCUGGUGGCAAUGAUCUAGCUCCAAGAUGUCACCGAAAACGUGUGCAGUUUCAACUUCAUGGCUGAGGGUGAUUUUGGUUACGUUUCUUCCAUUCUUUUUUCGCCAGCAGGAGUUGUGUAGAGCGUUGCUUAAAGUGACCGUGGGAGAGGAAAGAAAAAAGAGUGUGAAACCUGAAAAAAGUAGCAUGAGAAAUCAUCUGAAAUCUACAUAAUAGAAUGUUGCAGGUUGGUGAAGAAUCAUAACUGCUCUUCUCUAUGCAACAAGCAAAGUUACUAAAUUACGUUAUUGUCUCUCAGCUAAAAAGCAGUUUAAUCAUACAGAUUUGAACCAUACAUGUAUUGAAACACACCUGUUUUCCUCAAUUUUUCACGGAAUACUGGCCAAAAAAUUGUGUGUGUUUAUCCUACUGUUAUCUUGUAUGUGUCAAAAGUAGUUUCUGACCUAAAAUACAUGCUCCAUAAAUGGUGACUGAAAUAGAAAGUGAGACUUUUUCUCUGAUUCAAUGCUUUUAUGGCUUAUGGUAACAAAACCCCCUGCAGAACAUUUUCAUUUGAUUCUUUUUUUUGGCAUUUAGAAAUUCCUGGUCAACAACGAAUGCAAGGUCUGGGAAACCCAACCACUGCCUUUAAAGGAAAAGAAACUAAAAAAAGAGGGAUCCCAACGAUUAACACUAAUAAGAAAUAAAUAUGACAAAAUAAAACAGAAUGGAAGGGCAGUGCAGCACUUACCUCCAGAACCAAGCAGUAGUUCCAGGUAGGCUUUAUUCUAGUAACAAAAAUUUCCAGGGGAUAUUGGUAUCCUCAUGAUUUACAACUUCUAAAUUCAAAAGCUGAACCUAAUACUACUUGUUCCUUAAAACAUAGUACAUAGAAAGCUUAUUGCUAACUGGAAUUACCCAGAGAUUGUAUUAAAGGCAUAAUAUGCCACAAUCUCCUUUGGAUUCAAACAACUGUUAGGUCAGACUUUGAAGUUGGCCUCUGAUUUUCAUGCAUGUGUUUUGUUUGAUCACUAUUAACUGUGCACGUCAGAUAGUUCAUCUCUUUGUGAUUUUGGACAUUGUGUCAGGGACCUAAACGCCCCUGACUGAAGAAUGAUCCUGGGAUGGAACAAAGUAUUCUGACAGUUUUAAGGGAACUGAUAUUUGUGGCUGUAGCCGCAAAUAUCUUGUUUUGUAGAGAGCGCUGACCUUGGUAGUUUAACUUGUUUUUGCAAAGAUUUGUUUUGCAAGCAGGUGUUCCACUUGGGCUCUGUAUUACGCGUUGGCCAUGCGGGUACAGUGUGCAAGUGGAACAAACCCUGCAGACCCUUGAGAGAAUAAAAGCAGGAGAGAGGCUGCGGUGUGAGAGAGGGAAAGUGCCCCUUGAAGCAGGGGACGCUCUGCUUGCACUACCUAUUGCAUCCACCACCAGCAUGUUCCUUCUCUCUCCUUUUCAGCGGUUUGCCAUCUCUCAAGGGUUGGUAAGUAAUAGUGCACUUGCUUAGGGAGUUUCUGCUUCCCACUUGUGGGGAUUAUCUAAAAUGGAUGCCUGUGUGUGCGUGAGUGUGC